AUGGGGGAGCUCCUGCUCACGAUGGCCAACGAGUUCAGACGCACAGACGCAAAAUCUCCCGCCAUCAACACGGACGGGGGAGGAAUGGCUGAGUCAGCACGUGUCGUCUCUCUACACCAAUAUUCCUCCCCGGUCCGUGUCGACGGCGGGAGAUUUUGUGUACGAGCGUCAGAACUCGUCUACGAUCGUGAGCAGGAGCUCCUCCAUGGUUGUUGUCGCGCGGCAAGCAGCAGGAGAUGGUGA